AUGUCUGCAUAAUUAUCAUAGUAAUCAAAUCAAAUAGACUUAGUUUAUGCUAAAUAUAAUUUUGAAGGGAAACUCAUCUGGGCUAAGACUCUUUACUCAGAUCCUAAGACUGCUUCAACUAAUUAUGAUGAUGUAUUUUCAGGGGCGUCAAUUUCAAAGCAUGGGUACAUUUUCCUCGUAAUUCAAAGUAAUUUUUACACUAAGAGUGGAACAGGAAAUAAUAACCUGAGAUUCAUUAAAAUAAGCAAAGAAACUGUCGAUCUUUGUCAUGUCCUAGUAAUAUACCUCACCUACUAAAGCUGA